UUUUUUUUUUUUGUUCAAAUCCCUCCUUAUAACAAUUAACCAUGGCCACUAACAAUACUGAAGCCCUUGAGACUGUUCAACUUGACGGUUUGGUCGUUUUAAAGAUCAUUAAGCAUUGUCGUGAAUCUUAUCCUAAUGAUGUCACUGGUCAACUUUUGGGUUUGGAUGAUCAAGGAACCUUAGAAGUCACCAAUUGUUUCCCUUUCCCUUCUGAUGGUGAUGAAGAUGCCAGUGCUCAAUAUCAACUCGAUAUGAUGAGAUGUCUUCGUGCCGUCAAUGUCGAUAACAACACUGUUGGUUGGUAUCGUUCUGCUCAUUUAGGUAACUUUGUUGAUCUCAGCUUAAUCGAGACCCAAUACAGUUAUCAAAACUCCCUCAGUGCUCAAUCCGUCGUUCUCAUUCAUGACGUUUCCAAGAGUUCCGCUCAAGGUAACUUGAGUUUAAGAGCAUUCAGAUUAACCGAGGUCUUCAUGAAGGCUUACGAAGCCAAGAAAUUCACCACUGAAAGUCUUGCUCAAGCCAAGUUAUCAUUCUCCAACAUUUUCGAGGAAUUACCUGUUCAAAUUCACAACUCUCACUAUGUUACCAUGAUGCUUCACAACAUUGAGAUGCCCAAGUUAGAUUCCGAUCGUCUUCGUUCUCUUUCUACUUUUGCUUCUACCCAAAAGACUCAAACCGAAUUAGAGGAAGCCAGACCUUUAGCACCCAACUUUGAUGUCCUUGACUUAGAAUUAGAUCCCUUCAUGCAAAAGAACUUGCAAUACUUGUUAGACUGUGCCGAUGUUCAACAACAAGAACAAAACAACUACCAAUACUGGCAAAGAUCUGUUGCUCGUGAGCAAACCAAGAUGCAAGCCUGGUUGACCAAGAGAAAGCAGGAAAAUGCUCACCGUGUAGAGAAGGGUCAAAAGCCUUUACCUGAGGAUGAAGUCAACACAUUGUUCAAACUCUCUGCUGAACCUAGUCGUUUGGAUUCAAUGAUCUUAUCUGCUCAAAUGCAUAACUUUACCAAGCAAAUUAACCAAUUCGCUGGUCCUAGUCUUGCUAGAUUGUAUAGUAUCCAAGAAUUGCAAAAAUAAACCUCGCUAUCUCCUUCGCAACCAUCUCUUCAACAAACAUACAACACCAACAACCCCCUUUUAUAUAUAAUAAAAUAUAACAAUUUGACAUAAUAACUG